AUGGACCAAGCUAGGUACACCCUCAUCCCAACCUCCUUCAUCCUGGGUUUGGGCGGCUCCCCUCUGUGGUCGGCUAAAUGCACCUACCUGACCAUCAGUGGGAAUGUGCAAGCUGCCAAGGACAAUAAGAAGGGUGCUGAUGUGGUCAACCACUACUUUGGGAUCUUCUUCUUCAUCUUCCAGUCAUCUGCAGUUUGGGGAAACCUGAUGUCGUCGCUCAUCUUUGGGCAGGACACUAACAUCUCUAACAUUCCAGAGGACAUCCUAAGCACCUGUGGAGCAUAUGGUUGUGGAAUCACUGUCGAAACCAAUAGCAGCACCAAUAGCACCACCACCAGCAGACCUGCGCAGAAGCUGAUAUGGACGCUUCUUGGGUGCUACAUUGGUGUUGGCGUUCUAGCGAUACUCAUCAUAUCGAUAUUUCUGGACAACAUCGACCACCAGCAGACCAGCGAGUUUCGGGGGAACCGGGAACCGUUCUGCUACACGUUCCUGGCCACGUUCAGGCUGCUGAAGGACUGGAGGCUCCUGACGCUCAUCCCACUCACCAUGUACAGCGGCUUCGAGCAGAGCUUCCUCUCCGGGGAGUACACCAAAAACUACGUAACUUGCGCUUUGGGGAUCCACUAUGUCGGUUAUGUGAUGAUGUGCUUCGGAGCCGCUAACUCGCUCUGCUCCUUCCUGUUCGGGAGAAUCGCCCGCUACACCGGAAGGGCCGCGCUCUUCUUCUUUGCCGGUGCCACCAACUUGGCCUGCAUCAUCGCCCUCCUGUUCUGGAGGCCUCAUCCUGACCAGUUGCCUGUGUUUUUCGUUUUUACCGCUCUGUGGGGCAUGGCGGACGCUAUCUGGCAAACUCAGACUAAUGCUCUGUAUGGCGUACUCUUCCCGCGGGCCAAAGAGGCCGCCUUCGCCAACUACCGCAUGUGGGAGUCGCUUGGUUUCGUCAUCGCCUUCGCCUACAGCACCUUCCUGUGCGUGGAGUAUAAACUGUACAUCGUGCUGGCUGUUCUGGUGAUUAGCAUGAUCACCUACCCCAUCGUGGAGUACUACGAGUACAAGAAUCCUACCGAGCCCAUCGAACAGGCCGCCUACAAGAAUCCCAAAAACAAAGCAGAUGAAGCGGGCAUCAUCAGUCAGACCUGGAUGUAGACGUGCUGCCAUUUUAUUGUUUCCUUCUUUGACUGCUAAUCCAGAACUCCUGCAACUGAAACUGCAAACUGAAAAAACAAGUAAAAAUAACUGUAAAAAGGUAGAAAGCCUUUACUUUUUCUUAAAUAGACUUACUCUUGUUGGUUUUCUGGACUUUUUUUUUGCACUGAUGAAACCAGAACAAAUGUCAGAAUAUAAAAUUUAACAUUAAGUUAAAAGCAGAAACUGAUUUUUAAUGUUUUUAAUAUUUUAAAGGUGAACCCUUGGACAGGUUAGGAUAAAUCUAUGUAUGAGCAUUCUGUAGCUCCCCCUGGGUUGCUAGGUAACGGGCUGGGCUCUGCAGGGGUUGCUAGGUAACGGGCUGGGCUCUGCAGGGGUUGCUAGGUAACGGGCUGGGCUCUGCAGGGGUUGCUAGGUAACCACGUUGAGCCAGUGGAAUGUGACUUGUUUUUGAAA